CUCUGGUCAUCUCCUGUGCUGUGUCCGCAGUCUCUGGUCAUCUCCUGUAGUAUGUCCACAGUCUCUGGUCAUCUCCUGUACUGUGUCCGCAGUCUCUGGUCAUCUCCUGUACUGUGUCCGCAGUCUCUGGUCAUCUCCUGUACUGUGUCCGCAGUCUCUGGUCAUCUCCUGUACUGUGUCCGCAGUCUCUGGUCAUCUCCUGUAUAUGUCCGCAGUCUCUGGUCAUCUCCUGUACUGUGUCCGCAGUCUCUGGUCAUCUCCUGUACUGUGUCCGCAGUCUCUGGUCAUCUCCUGUAGUAUGUCCACAGUCUCUGGUCAUCUCCUGUACUGUGUCUGCAGUC